GUACUUACUUUCCCUCGACGCUGUGUUCUCUCCCCUCACCCCCACGCUGUCAGUCCAGCUCAACAGAGCUAGCUCUUAUUAAUAGUUUACAUGACUACAUCAUCUAAUUAAUCAUUCACAUGUUCACUGAACAGCUAGGAUCCUCCACAUGUUUUAACCUUCUGAAGCAUGUCUGUGGUUUGGUUUUAGGAGGACGUCAGCUUUCUGUUACGACCAGGAAGAAAGCUUCCUGCGAAGGGCUGCUACCCCGGUUUAUUGAUUUAUUUGUGUUUUAUUGAACUCUAAAUGGAAACAAAAUCACUUUUGGUCUUUUUGUUGGCCACUUGGAGUUGGUCGGUGGUCAGUGGGACCCUUUCAAAAAAGGACGCCAAGAAGACGCACAAAGCUGAGGUGGUGGAGUCGUCCCUGGCUGAGGUGUCUGUGUUGGACCGGGGCCUGGUUGUGUCAGACCCCCAGUGGAAGGACAUCGUGAGGGAGGAGAAGAGACACUGCUCUCACAUCAAACGCACCUUCCAGGGACAUGUCCUCGGAUACAUUACUCCUUGGAAUUCCCAUGGCUAUGAAAUAGUGAAGGUCUUUGGCUCGAAGCUGAGCUCAGUGUCUCCAGUGUGGCUUCAGGUUCGCAGGCGAGGAAAGAACAGCUAUGACGUCACCGGACUUCAAGACCAUGAUCCAGGCUGGGUCAAAGCUGUGAUUAAGACCAACAGAAAAAUCAGAAUAGUGCCUCGGCUGCUGUUUGACGGUUGGUCCUAUAAGGACUACAUGAAUGUUCUGGAGAAUGAAGAUGAGAUCGAGGAGCUGGCCAGUGAGCUAGUGGACGUUGCAAAGACAGAGCACUUUCAUGGUUUUACAUUGGAGCUGUGGAGCCAGCUGGGAGGGAACAAAAGAAGUGAGCUGGUCCACCUGAUCAAACACGUCUGUGAGACUCUGAAGGCUAAAAGGUUGGACUGUUUCCUGGUCAUCCCACCUGUUCUGACCAGCUAUGGCAAGCCAGGCAUGUUUGGUAGAGAGGAGUUUGAGCAGUUGGCUCCCGUUGUGGAUGGAUUCAGCUUGAUGACCUACGACUACUCCAGCGCAGGAGACCCCGGGCCGAGCGCCCCGCUGCCCUGGAUGAAGGGGUGUGUUCUGGAGCUGGCCCCCAGCAGCCAAUGGAGACACAAGAUUCUGAUUGGGCUGAACAUGUACGGUAUGGACUUCUCAAGCCAGGGAGCAGAUCCAGUCCUGGGAGGGAAGUACAUUGACGUUCUGCGGGAACAAAGGCCAAAGCUUCUUUGGGAUGAUUAUGCCGGAGAGCAUUACUUUAAUUACAAGAGGAACAACGGCGUCAAGUGUAAAAUGUACUACCCGACCCUUAAGUCACUCUUCAUGAGGAUCUCUUUGGCCACAGAACUGGGUGCAGGAAUUUCCAUGUGGGAAUUAGGACAAGGACUGGAUUACUUUUAUGAUCUCCUAUAAACGUGGGAAAAGGACUGCUCUGGUUUUUAAGAACAUUAGCAAAAUGCACUUCCCAAACCUUCCAUACCAAACGCAGUAAUUGUUGCCCUCGACUCAAACCGAUAACCGGAAACCAUCAAGAGUAUAUUUGUGCUGCAGUUGACCUUGGGGUUGGCAGGGUGUCAUAUUUUGAAUAAAUACAUGGCAGUAACGGUUGUACUACCUCAAAAGCAUGGUACAUAGUAGUACAUUAAACCAACAUUCAGGAAAUCGGAGGUAUCUAAUUUAAUUUAUUUUUAAUAUAUUGAUUGACAAGACUCCAGAUAUAAUGGCAGAGAAAUCAUUUCACGAAUUGUAUAAUAUGCUGUGCAAUUCGUACACUUGUUAAUAAAGUGCUUCGAUUGCUUGGCGUAAAUGCAGGCUUCUGCUGAAAUUAGUCCCGUUUGCCAUCAGCUGAAGUCCUGAGAAACAUCUUGGUUCAUGACAUGUAUUUAUUCCUAUUCUAGUAAUUUACCCAUCCCUUUUUGAAUAUAUGUCUGGGUCCCUUUUGCACUUGACAUUCAAAAGUCAAUGACUUUAUUUGUUCAAUAAAGAAGACUUCACAUUUUU